AUGCCGAAAGGUAACAGGAAGAAUCUUGCUGUUCCUCCAAAAGGAUCAAAAGGAUGGCUUUUCACAUGUGAUAUUAACAGAGAUCAACAAGCAACAAGGCAAGUUAUCGAUGUUUUGAAUCAAUUAGCUGAUCCAUUAACAGAAGGAGAAGCCGAAGAAGAGCAACAAGAAGAAAAAACACUCGAACAAGAACUUGCUGAUCUUAAAAAGCCAAAUCAAAAGCAACAAAGAUGGAUUCCUUACGUAUCUGAAGUCAAUGGUAACGUUUUCAUUAGAUUUACACAAAAACAAGAUGAUCCUUUUGUUCUUCUUGAGAGAUACUUUGAAGAAGUUAGAAAAAGAAAAGGAACUCUUACAAAUAAAGUUUCAAAAAUUUAUCCAAUUAUGUACUCAGGCUUCCCAUUAUCAUCAGAAUCUCUUCCAAUCUUGCAAGAGUUAGUUAAUAAGACAUUUAACGCAGAAAAGCCUGUUACAUAUGAAGUAUUUCUUGAUAGAAAACAUCGUGGAGAAGAAUCCGGUGAAACUCAUGAUGAAUUGAACAACAAAAUUGUUAAACUUGUUGGAGCUCCUCACAAACCAAUCUAUAGGAAAGCAGAAUGGGCUGUUCUUUGGCAAUCUCUUGGAAGAAAUUUGUAUCUUUCUGUUAUUCCAAAAUGGUCUGAGUGGUGCUCAUGCAAUAUUGCGAAGUUUUGUGCCUCAUUGUUAAAACCUGCUGAGCCAGCCCCUCCUGCAGAAGAGAAAAAGGAAUAA